UAGUCGGUUAAUGGUAUUCGAAUAGUCGCCCGCCUUCGAUUAUUCGAAUAGUUGCUUUGCUUCGACUACUCGAGCAUUGUAGCAAAUCGAAUUUCAGUAACCGAACUUUCAUUGAAAUUUCUUUGACAAAUGAAAAAAAAAUUUUUUUAAAUAUAUACAUGCACACAUAUGUAUGUAUAUUCAGAUACAAAAAUGAGCGGACGCAAAAGGAGCUGGGUUUGGGAUUUUUUCGAAAAAUCAGAGGACGAAAAGGAAGUAACAUGUUCCAUAUGUGGUGCAGUUUUGUGCUACAACUCCUCCACAUCCUCACUGAACAACCAUUUAACAAAAAUCCAUAACAAAAAUCGCGAAAACGAGAGCGCACAUUCAGCCGAAGCUUUCCACAGUGAAAUUUCAAGCGAUAGGCCCAACAAAUCCAAGAAGAAGAGGCUAGAAGGUGACACAGCCGUCGUUACACACGAACGUCAAGAAGAAAUUUCACGAGCAGUUGCACGUUUGAUUUCAACCAACAUGCUACCGCUUUCAAUUGUGUCUUCCGAUGGCUUCAGAGAUUUUAUGAAAGUGAUAGAACCCGGCUACAAAGUUCCCUGCGUUAGAAGCAUUCAUUCUCGCUUGAAGCUAUUAUAUAAAUCCGUCAAAGACAAUAUAUGCAAUGAAUUGGCGGAGGCAUCAAGUGUUUCAAUUUCUGUGGAUGAAUGGUCUUCUCGAACGCUGGAUUCUUAUAUAUCAGUAGAAGCUCAGUAUUUUAACUCAAAAUACGACUUGUGCACUGCUACGCUUUGUAACAAGCAGUUGGAAGGAAGACCAAAUGCAGAUAAUAUUGCUUCCACUGUCGAAUCAGUUUUAAAUGAUUGGAAUAUUUCAAAUAAGGUUCAAUCAAUAACUCACGANUUAACGCCAAGAAAAUUGAUAACAGCCGACUUAUGA